AUGGGCUGCAACAUCAGCAAAGAGGAGAAAGCACCGUUUGAAGACCAGGAUGAGUUGUUUUCUGAUGCAGAACCCAUUGACGCUCCACCCCCUCCUAGUGGCGAGAGUGGCGAGGAUGGAGAGGAUGGAGAUGACGAUGAGGACGGUGAUGUGGAUGGAGAAGGCAAAGACGACGACGGUGGUGAAGAGGGUGACGACGAGGGAAUGGACGAUGAUGGCGGCGAAAAAGAUUUUCCCAGUGAGGACAGUGGCAAAGCAGGCAGCGCUGGCAGUGCUGACAGCGACAUGGGCUCUCAGGACGCCCCCAAUCAGAUGUCCUCGCCGCCGCCAGUCUUAGAGGUUGCCAAGGAGCCGGGCAAAGGAGCGGCCACUGCUGCUGCUGCUGCGGGUGCUGCUCCAGGCGCGCCCAAACUGAGCAAUCUUCAGAAGGUGCCAGCCAGCGUAUCGCCAAAGCAGGUGGCCACCCAA